ACUUUAACCAUGCUGGCCCUGCGAUCGCUCCUCACCCAAUGGAAGCCAUUUGCCCAAAAGGGAAUGGUCACCCGAACUCUGAUUACACAGGCAACCACUUCACGAAGCGUUAUUCUUAGCAGCUUGAAGCCUACAUCUAUGACCUUUACUCGCCAGUCACUUAUGCCCCUUCACCAGCAACAGCAGAAGGCCGGUAUGGCUACGUUGAACCAGGUCAUUCGCAAAUGUCGUAAGACCAAGACUAAGCAGAGUAAAACCCCUGCCCUUGAAAACUGCUAUCAACGCAAGGGUGUCUGUAACAAAGUGUACACCACCAAACCAAAGAAACCCAACUCAGCUGUCAGAAAGGUUGCUCGUGUGAAGUUGACUAACGGCAAGGUCGUUACAGCCUACAUUCCCGGUGAGGGACACAACUUGCAAGAGCACUCGGUUGUUCUUGUUCGUGGUGGUCGUGUACCUGAUUUGCCAGGUGUGCGUUACCAUCUUGUCCGUGGUGCACUUGAUCUCCAGGGUGUUGCCACACGUACUACUAGUCGAUCAAAAUACGGAACUAAGAAACCUACCAAGAAUUAGUCUCAUUUUUCACGCAAACUUACAUCUGUACUGAAGAAAAACGAAACUUUACCGUACAGACAAAAGAGUGGAAUUGAAACAAAACGCACUCUACUGUGUAUGAACAUUUCAAUUAGUUCUUUAAGAUAUUUCUUUACGUCGAUUACAAUAUAAAUGUUCACUCAUCAAUAAUAUACAUACAUACAUACGUAC